AUGGAGGAAGAUGGCAACGCGCCGCCGCCGUUCUGGCUUCAAUCCUCCAACUCUCUACACGAACUCGACUACAAUCGCCGCCGUCGCCUCAGCCGUGCAUCGUCGUUCCUCCUCAACUCCAGCGCCUUUCUCAUUGUUUUGUUAGUAAUAGUUCUCUGUUUCAUCUUGAUUGUGAUUCCCAAAUUUGUACAGUUCACUUCUCAAUUGAUUCGGCCUCAAUCGGUCAAGAAGAGCUGGGAUUCGCUCAAUUUGCUUCUGGUUCUCUUCGCCAUUGUUUGUGGAUUUCUUAGUAGAAACACUGGGGAUGAUAGUAGAGCCUCUUUUGAAGAUCCGAGCGUUUCAUCGAGGCGAACAAUGAAGUCAAACCCUACGACUCCGCGUCGAUGGGAUGGAUAUACCGAUCAUCGGCCGAAUCAUUACACACUCAAUCGGAUGAGGAGUAGCAGUUCGUAUCCGGAUCUACGUCUGCAGGAGUCUACCUUUGAUGCCGGAGAUCACCGGUGGCGAUUUUACGACGAUACUCAUGUGACUAAUCAUCGGUAUUUGUCCUCUGAUCAACUUCAUCGCCGUCGUGAAACUCGGCCGGAGCUUGAACGCCUAGAUUCUGAUGCCAAAAGUAUUGGUUUCGACAGAUCUGAGAUUCGUGAAGAUGUAUAUUCACAACCGGCGAUACCUUCUCCGCCGCGGCCGCGGUCGCCGCCGCCACGGGUUUCUCCUCCGCGACCUCCAUCACCUCCUCCAACCCCUCCACCUCCCGCUAAUACGACUCCUCCUCCUAAAGUGGUAAAACGAAGGCCAAAGAGAACGCAUAAGGUCCAUAGCCAUACACCGGAUACAGAAAUUGAUCAACAGAACGAAAAUGGUGAUUCGGACGUCGCAAAUUUCCAACGUAUUCAGCUUCCACCACUCUCGCCGCCAUCGUUCUAUCGGGAAUCGGAGCAGAAGAGCAACAGAAACGAGAAGAAGAGAGGUGGUGCUUCAAAAGAAAUUUGGUCCGCACUGAGGAGGAGGAAGAAGAAACAAAGACAAAAAAGCAUCGAAAGCUUCGAGGCUAUCAUUGCCUCCCAACGCGCUUCAACGCCAUCAUCACCACCGCCUCCUCCGCCGCUUCCCUCGCCAUCAGUGCUGCAAAAUCUAUUUUCAUCCAAGAAAGGAAAAGGCAAAAAAGUGCAGUCCACACCUCCACCAGAGCCGCCUGCCUCCUCAGAACCUAAACCAAAGACCGAAGAUCGAAACCAGAUGCUCAAGCCUCACGAGCCUCCAAUGGAGCUCGACAGACUGAGCAGUUUAAACGACGAAGAGUACAAUACGCGCAUUGGCGGUGAGUCGCCAUACCAUCCGAUUCCUCCUCCGCCGCCGCCACCGCCGCCGUUCAGAAUGCAUGGAGACUUUGACAGUGUAGGAAGCAAUAGCAGUACACCGAGAGCCAUUUCGCCGGAAAUGGACGAGAGUGAAGCCGAUGGACCACCGGCGACCGGCGAAAGAAAGCUCGUGAAAGACUCAACAAUUCCGAUUUUCUGUUCAAGCCCUGAUGUCAACAGUAAAGCCGACAAGUUCAUUGCAAGAUUCAGAGCCGAUUUGAAGUUGCAGAAGAUGAAUUCCAUCAAAGAGAAGACGGCGAGGAAGAGAUCUAACCUAGGCCGAACAUCAGGCCCAGGCCCAAAGUAA